GUUCCCUUGUCCCCAGCUCCUCACUAUCCUCUGGACCUACUUCCCUAUACUGGACUCCCUCGCGAUCCUUGCAUCGCCCCAUCCCUGUCUCCUCUCUUCUCACUCCUGGUCUAUCUGCCCGCGCCUUCUUUCCGACUCCAUGUCCUCCUUCCUGCCUCUCUCUUCCUGCCUUUCCCGAGCCAGCCGCUCCCUCCCUUCUUCCCUCGCUCUGCUCCUCCAUCACUGGCUGUGGACAGAUGAGCAAGGAGAUGCCCUGCUGUCUGACCUGGAAACCACCACCUCACACAUGCCAAGGUCAGGAGCUCCAAAAGAGCGGACCCCAGAGCCCCUCGCAUCUCCCCUGUCCUAUGGCCAGCCACAGAUGGGGCCAGGGGAGUCUUCAGGAGCCUCUGAGGACAAGGACCAUCUGUACAGUACGGUAUGCAAGCCUCGGUCCCCCAAGCCUGCAGCCCCUGCGGCCCCUCCAUUCUCCUCUUCCAGCGGUGUCUUGGGCACGGGGCUCUGUGAGCUAGACCGGUUGCUUCAGGAACUUAAUGCUACUCAGUUCAACAUCACAGAUGAAAUAAUGUCUCAGUUCCCAUCUAGCAAGGAGACUGCAGGGGAGCUGAAGGAGGACCAAUCUGAGGACAAGAAACGGCCCAGCCUCCCUUCUAGCCCAUCCCCUGUUCUCCCAAAGACUUCAGCCACCUCGGCUACCCUAGAGCUGGAUAGAUUGAUGGCCUCACUCUCUGACUUCCGAGUCCAGAACCACCUUCCAGCUUCUGGGCCAACCCAGCCACCAGUGCCAAGUUCCACGAAUGAGGGCUCCCCAUCCCCACCAGGGCCUACUGGCAAGGGCAGCCUAGACACCAUGCUGGGGCUGCUGCAGUCCGACCUAACCCGCCGUGGCAUUCCCACCCAGGCAAAGGGCCUCUGUGGCUCCUGCAAUAAACAUAUUGCUGGACAAGUGGUGACAGCGCUGGGGCGUGCUUGGCACCCUGAGCACUUCGUUUGUAGUGGCUGUUCCGUUGCCCUGGGAGGCAGCAGCUUCUUCGAGAAGGAUGGAGCCCCCUUCUGCCCUGAGUGCUACUUCCAGCGCUUCUCCCCACGAUGUGGCCUCUGCAAUCAACCCAUCAGACAUAAGAUGGUUACUGCCUUGGGCACUCACUGGCACCCAGAGCACUUCUGUUGCGUCAGUUGCGGGGAGCCCUUCGGAGAUGAGGGUUUCCAUGAGCGCGAGGGCCGCCCGUACUGCCGCCAGGACUUCCUGCAGCUGUUCGCUCCACGCUGCCAGGGCUGCCAAGGCCCCAUCCUGGAUAACUACAUUUCGGCGCUCAGUGCACUCUGGCACCCAGACUGUUUCGUCUGCAGGGAAUGCUUCGCGCCCUUCUCAGCAGGCAGCUUUUUCGAGCACGAGGGCCGCCCGCUGUGCGAGAACCAUUUCCACGAGAGGCGUGGUUCGCUGUGCGCUACAUGUGGCCUCCCUGUGACCGGCCGCUGUGUCUCAGCCCUGGGCCGUCGCUUCCACCCGGACCACUUCACCUGCACCUUCUGCCUGCGCGCGCUCACCAAGGGCUCCUUCCAAGAGCGUGCCGGCAAGCCGUACUGCCAGCCCUGCUUCCUCAAGCUCUUCGGCUGACUGCCUGCGAGGGCUCGCCCCACCCCUCCCCAGUGGGGGUGGGACCACGGCCCCAGAGACCCCGCCCUGACCCAAGAGAUCUCCCUCUCCAGACUCUAAGGCCUUGCUCUUUGAGCUUGGGGCUCUCCUCAGCCCCGCCCUGUGAGGCCCC